GAUUGAAUCCAGCUGUUGUCAGAAGUGCUCGAGGACCUGUCUCGGUCAUUUGCAUUGCUAAACUAUCUGUACAGUUUAGAGAGACGGGGGAAAUAGACCAGACCGGUUUUUAAAAAAAAGACAUUCCCCGUAAGGUGAGGCAUAUAUCAAGGCUCCGGUCGACUUGCUGGCCGUUUAUCAAAUCCUGGUUGAGGUUUUUUCACGUAGUCUGGGCGGUGUGACUGGCGAGAGUAGCCCACCACAUGCGCAUUGGAUUUUUGACUCCACAACGGUAGCAAAGUGUUUAAAACCUUUCUUGCUCCAAAGUAUCCACGGGUCGUCUGAGUUAAAUCGGCAGGAUCCAAAUAGACCAUGUUUUGGGACAUACGUGGCUUGAAUGUCUGGACUUGCGCAAGAAUGUUGACAGUUGUGGUGUUGGCAUUAUGUAGAAUCCACUCCGGAUAUGGCCAGACCUGCACAGAGGGGUUCGCCUAUGAUCGCAGGGCAAGAGUAUGUGUUGACAUUGAUGAGUGUCGUACGGUACCAGACGCCUGCAGAGGGGACAUGCAGUGCGUGAACCAGAACGGAGGCUAUCUCUGCAUCCCCCGGGGGCUGUACAGCCAGCCUACCUACCCCCGAGGUGGUGAAGGAGGAGGAGCAGGCAGGUCCCAGGCCACCUACCCAGACACCUCCCUGGGCUUCCCAGAACCAGAACCCUACCCUCUCCAACCCCCUCCAGCCCCCCCCGUGGCCCCCAGCUACCCAGUCGUAAGCCGCUCCGCUCCCUGCCUUCUGGGAUACACCCUGGCAGAAGAUGGGUCCUGUCAUGACAUGGACGAGUGUGAGACAGACUCCCACCAGUGUAACCCCACCCAGGUGUGUAUCAACACAGCUGGAGGAUACACCUGCUCCUGUACCGAGGGCUACUGGCUGGUCGGGGGACAGUGUCAGGACAUUGAUGAGUGUCGCUACGGGUACUGCCAGCAGCUGUGUGCCAACGUGCCAGGCUCCUAUUCGUGCUCCUGCAACCCUGGCUUCCUCCUCAACCCUGACAGCAGAACCUGUCAAGACGUGGACGAGUGUGAGGAUAACCCCUGUGCCCACGGCUGUUUCAACACCUACGGUUCCUACAUGUGUAGCUGUGAAGAGGGAUUUGAGCUGGCUUCUGACGGCACCACCUGCAAUGACCUGGACGAGUGUGGUUUCUCAGAGUUUCUGUGUCAGCACCGCUGUGUGAACACCCCAGGGUCCUUCCAGUGUCACUGCCCAGCGGGAUACUAUCUUUAUGAGGAUGGGAGGAGCUGUGAAGAUAUCAAUGAAUGUGAGACUGGUAACAACACGUGUACAACAGCACAAGUAUGUUUCAAUUUCCAGGGAGGCUAUACAUGCUUGGAUCUGCUAAAAUGUGAUCCACCGUACGUUGAACUCAAUGACAAUCAGUGUAUGUGUAGUGCUGAGAACCCAGCUUGCAGAGACAGGCCCUUCACCAUCCUUUACCGUCACAUGGACCUGUCCUCAGGCCGCAGCGUCCCAGCAGACAUCUUCCAGAUGCAGGCCACUACCAGAUACCCUGGAGCUUUCUACAUCUUCCAGAUCAAAGGACCGGGCAACGAGGGACGAGAGUUCUACAUGAGGCAAACCAGUAACGUGAGUGCCACUCUGGUCCUGUCUCGGCCCAUCAAGGGUCCCAGGGAGCUGGUCCUGGAUCUGGAGAUGGUAACCGUUAACAACGUCAUCAACUUCAGAGGCAGCAGUAUCAUACGGCUGACGAUAUACGUGUCUGAGCAUCCUUACUGAGGCCCACUCCCCCUGACCUUUAACCCCUGACCUCUGACCAAUCACUACGUCCGGUCCAACUCUCACAAGCCCAAAGUAUACCUUCCUAGAUUCCCAUACUCUCCAAAUCUCCCGAUCUUCCAGCAGGCAGCUCCACUCCGCUUCCCUCACAACUGUCGUCUCAAUAAACUCUUACCUGUUGUUAUAGGAGACGGGGGGCACCUUCCUCUCCAUUUCACCAACUCCCCACUCUUACAUCCACAUCAGACUGUUACUGGACUGUACAUUAUGGUGCUAAGGACGUAUCCACACAGAAGGAUAUUUAUGUUGUAUUGUAAAGGCUGUGUGACUCUCUCUCUCUCUCUCUCUCUCUCUCUCUCUCUCGCUCCCUCUGUCUCUCUCUCUCUCUCUCUCUCUCUCUCUCUCUCUCUCUCUCUCUCUGUCUCUGUCUCUCUCUCUCUCUCUCUCUCUCUCUCUCUCUCUCUCUGUCUCUCUCUCUCUCUGUCUCUCUCUCCCUCUGUCUCUCUCCCUCUGUCUCUCUCCCUCUGUCUCUCUCUCUCUCUCUCUCCCUCUGUCUGUCUCUCUCUCUCUCUCUCGCUCUCUCUCUCCCUCUGUCUGUCUCUCUCUCUCUCUCUCUCUCUCUCCCUCUGUCUCUCUCCCUCCUUCUGUCUCUCUCUCUCUCUCUCUCUCCCUCUGUCUCUCUCCCUCUCUCUGUCUCUCUCUCUCUCUCUCUCUCUCUCUCUCCCUCUGUCUCUCUCUCUCUCUCCCUCUGUCUGUCUCUCUCUCUCUCUCUCUCUCUCUCUCUCCCUCUGUCUCUCUCUCUCUCUCUCUCUCUCUGCUCUUUAAAAAUACAGAUUUCCAAUGACAUUUACUAUUAAGGUAAUUGAAAGCAGUGUUGGUUGUUUUCACGCGUACUUCUCUCUUUGUGUUAUUAAUAAACUCACCUUAUUUUCUGUGACGCGGUUUCCUUUAAAUAAGCUGUGAAUGUGAGCUUUACAAUAUGUGAUACAAUGUGUUAGUGAUGCUUUUGGGGCUUUUUUUCUGUGUGUCAACCAUCUACAGACUAAGAUAUGUUAAAAAAAAAAGGACCUUAAAACCUUGACAGUAUGUUUUCUACCUACCUGACUGAACUAGCCUGGUCCCUUGUCUGUUUGUGCUAUCAUUCCAUGGGAAUGGCAAGGAGUAGAAUGUUAGCCGCCCAAAACAGAUUGCUACCAGGCUAUGACUGCUCUGGUCUGGGUUAGUUUCUGUCACUGUAUUGUGUAAGAACAAGACGAGAAUGUCUUCUACUGUUGCAGGGGGGGGCCUCACCUCCUUCAGCUGGUGAAAUGGACAUUACUGUGUUCUAAUCAAGCCACACACAUUCCAUUUUGAGACAAUCAUUUUGUCAUGGUGCCCCCUCAGAUGCACAACGGAUUUAACAAGAUACAUUGUCUUUGUGUUUCAUUUUAAAACGUUUGCCAUGAACAGAACUCGUCACCAUAAAAUUAAAAAAAAAAAUGGUGGUCAGUUUUGUAUUUUGUAUUUUGUCUAAAAGUCUUUGGCAGAUUUCAUUCAUUCCUAUUCAGUAACAACCUGUGAGUUCUACAAGUGAGCCAAGUCAGUCAAAUAAAACACUACUACUAGACCUGAA